AUGAGCAAAAGAAAAUCCAUCAAAUUCCCAUCUCUUUUCGAUAAUCCUUCCGUUACACUCAGUGUAAUCAUCCCCGCAUACAACGAGCGUCUCCGCCUCCCUAAGAUGCUCGAUGAAUGCAUCCCCUAUCUAAAAUCGCGCUCCGAACGUGACAAAACUUUCACUUGGGAGAUCAUUAUUGUGGACGACGGGAGCAUGGACGGCACAAAGGAGCUUGCCUACGAGUACAUCAAGCGCUACUCCAAUCCCAACAUCCGUGUCCUUGUAGAGGCGCAUAACCGAGGUAAAGGAGGGGCCAUUCGUCUCGGAGUUCUGUCGUCUCGAGGAGAACGCAUCUUGAUGGCGGAUGCCGAUGGUGCGACGACGUUUUCAGAGGUAGAGAAGUUGGACGCGCAGUACGAAGCGGGAGCUGACGUAGUCGUCGGUUCUCGCAACCACUUGAAGGAGAACGCCGUUGCGCAGCGCGCAUGGUACCGAAACCUUCUAAUGUACGGAUUCAAUUUCCUGGUGAAGGUUUUAUCGGGAAUUCACGGGAUCUACGACACCCAAUGUGGAUUUAAGCUGUUCUCGAGGAGAGUGGCGCGGUGCGUUUUUCCGUCGCUCCACUUGGAGAGAUGGGCGUUCGACAUCGAGAUUUUGUAUGUGGCGAGCCGCUUGGGUUUCGUGAUUAAGGAAGUGCCUGUGAAGUGGGUAGAGAUCGAGGGAAGCAAAGUCAGCAUCAUCCAAGCUUCUCUCACCAUGUUCCGAGACAUGGUCGCUACACGACUUGCCUACUUGCUAUCAAUUUGGGAGCUGCCAAAGCGGGAUUCACUAAAGCUAGAUUGA